CUCACGCCCAAGCUCGAUAAAAGUGCGCCGCCUUUUUGUUCCUCUGUCGCAGGGAUUCAUACACAAUGCGGCGGCAAAGGACAGAGACUGCAUGUGGUGACACUUCACGUCAUGCUAGGUCGGUACGGUACAGUCCAGUACUGUAUAGAAGUGAUGUGCUUUGUAGAACAAGUACCUUUUAUUUGCAAGGCAGCGAAGCGGCGCGGUUCAUGCUGGCUGCACCGCCAGACGGAAAGCAGCCACACCCACCUCGAUUCCCAAGUCCUCCUGCCUGCCCUGCCCUGCCAACUGCCUGCCUGCCUGCCCGCCCGCCCGCUCCUUCCCCCUUGCUUGGCCGGCCGUGCACCCACGCUCGCGCUUGCUCCUCCGUCAUCUUGUCUUUGACUGCAACCCGGCUUUUCGCCUCCUCCUUCCCCUCCCCCCUCCCCCAACCACUCAACUUCACCAAUACAACUCAUCGCCUCAUCUCGCCCAACGUCGUGGUAGAGACCAGAGACUCACUGCUUCAUCAACCCUGUUUGUCUCCCGCAGCUCCAACAUAUUGACAGUCGUCCUUGAACCUUCCGUCCACCUGUUGCCGGCGGAAUGGCCAGCUACGACCCGUACGAACGGGAAUAUUCCCGCCGCUACGUGCGAGAAGAACGGCGCGAGGAGAGGGACCCUCGCUUUCUCGACUCACGCGGCGACUACGGAAGAGUCUACCCCUCGCGCGACUUGGUGCCCCGAGCCCGCGAGGACAGCGACCUCUCGGUCGAGGAGAUUCGCCGCGACUUCCCUCCGCCCAGCGGCCGUGACAUUCGCCGCGCCCGCUCGGCAGAGCCCCAGUACUACGAGGACGAUUACGAUUACCGUCGCGGAUACGACUCGCGCCAUGACCGCGACCAUGACCGCCAUGGACGACGCGCCGGCGGCAGCAUGUAUUACGAGGAAGAUGAGCGCAGGUCCAAGCCCAAGAGCAUGUCCAAGCAGGACAAGAUUAUUGCCGCAGUCGCCGGCGCUGCCCUCCUCGUCGGCGGCAAGGAACUCUACGACCGCCACGAGGCCAAGACCGACGGCACCAACGUCCAGCGCAACCCCCUCUCCUCGGCCGCCCUCGCAGGCUUUGGCGCUCUCGCAGGGUACCAAGGCGCCGAGUUCUACAGCAAGCAGCAGGCCAAGAAGGACCAAAAGGCCACUUACAUCCUGCAUCGCGGUCGUGACGGCCAAAUCAUGGAGUACUACUCGGACGAGGAGGAAGGCUCCAAGGAAAAGAAGGGCCACAAGAACUUCCUCGAGAGCGCCAUUGCCGCGACUGGCUUGGGUGCGGCCGUCAAGACCCUGACCGGCAGCGGCGGCGGCGACGACAAGCGCUCCGACACUCGCAGCCGCCGCGGCAGCCCCACCGGCUCCCGCGCCGGCUCCCGCUCCGGCUCCCAUGGUCCCGGCACCAACAAGAUUCAAAAGGCCGCCAUGGCGUCCCUCCUGGCCGGCGCCACCGAGGCCUUCCGCGUGGCAAAGGAGCCCGGCGGUUGGAAGGGUGAGAAGACGAAGCGCAUCCUCACCGCGGCUGCUGGUGCCGCCACCGUGGACGCUGCCCAGAGUGAUAGCCACGGCAAGCUGGGGCUCGCCGAGUCGGUCAUUGGUGGCCUGGUCGGCAAUCGACUCAUCAACGGAUCGAAGAAGGACAUUGAAGAGGAUAAGCUGACCGGGAGGAGUCGCUCACGCUCUCGUGCCCGAUCGCAGAGCCGCGGUGGCGGCGGCGGUGGAGGCACCGGUCUCGCUGCCCUGGCCACGGCUGGACUCGGAGCUCUCGGGGCCAAGAAGGUGCUUGAUCACUCACGAUCCCGAAGCCGCGGCCGCGACUACGACUCCAGAAGCCCCUCUCCCGAUCGCCACCGCCAGCGGAGCCGCAGCCGCAGCGUCGUUGAUAAGGCGCGCAACAGCCUCGCCAAGCUCGGCAUCGGCGGCGGCACGGUGGCAGCUGCCGACGACCACCGCCGGCGAGAUCAGGACGACUUCGACGACCGCGGCAGCUCGCGACGCUCCCGCCGAUACUCAGACGACGAAUACGACGACGACCGAGGUCACGGCCGGAGCCGAGGUGGGUACGAGUACGAGUCGGAGCGGUCCCAUCGCGGCAGCCGGCGCGACUCCUCCCGUCGACGUGGCGGAAGCCGCUCCGGCUACGGGUCCGAGUCUGAUCUAGGAGACUCGGAUGAGGACGAGAAGAGACAGAGGAAAAUGCGAGGUAAGCAAAUUUUGACAACUGGUCUUGCCACGGUCGCAACCAUCCACGCAGCACACGGGGUCUAUCAAAGCAUGGAGAAGAGGCGUGCGCGGCAAAAGGCCGUCAAGGAAGGUCGCCUCAGCCCCGCCGAGGCAAAGAAGCUCAAGACCAAGGCCAUUAUGCAGGAUGCCGCAUCGGUCGGCAUCGCGGCCUUGGGCAUCAAGGGUGCCAUCGGCGAGAUGAAGGAGGCCAAGGAGAUGUCACACGAGUGCAAGGAAUUUAAAGAAGAGAAGGCUCGCCGCCAUGAGCGGCGGGAGAUGCGCAGACAGCAGGGACGCAGCCUCAGGGACGGCAGCAGCAGGAGGGCCGAUAGCCUGCCUGCCGGCCCGCGGUCUCGGUAUGGCGGCUACGAGUCGGACGAAGAGGACGACUACGGGCCGCGGUACUACGACGACAACCCGUACAACGCGGGCAGGCUACCUGCCCCGCCUAUGGGGUAUCGUCCCUGAGUGCUGCCGUCCGACUGCUGCCAGGCCUUCCUUCAGCACCCGUGCCGCGGCCGGCCAUUGCAAAGCGCGGCCUGGGCACGCACGGCAAUGAUGAUGACGACGAUGACAAUGACGAUGAGGGGCGCCGCGCACAUACCCACAACGACGCCUCGACAGGUCUAUGAGGACUUGAACGACGGCGUCGUUGGGCGUUGGAGAGCAAGACAAAGAGUUUGCAUGGCAUGCUUUUAGCGAAAAAGACGCCGCUUUGAGACACUGACCUUUUUCCCCGUGCUGCGUGGCAUGACCCUGGCGAGAGGAGAGGCGAGAUGCAUGAUAAAUCAAGCCUCGGCCCGCGGUGUUUUCUGCGAGUCCCGCUCCCCUUUCUUUUAUUUCUCCCGUCCACACACACCCAUGUACUUCAAAGGCGCACCGACUAAUGACAAACGAACUGUAACAGACCAUCGCCGCUACUGAGUGGCUCAACUCGCCUGCUGUAUCUGCCCCUCCCUGCCUGCACUGUCGGGCUCGUGCUCCUGUCGGGGGCGGGCAGGCGGGCGGGAGAGGAGGUGAUCGGCACAGCGCCCGGAUCGACGGGACCCGGAACGAUGGAGGAGGAUGGAUGUAAAAAGACGGGCUGCGGUGUUUUACAGCAUUGGUGGUAGGCAAGGUGACCCAUGAGGCCCUGCUGUGCUUACCAAUGGCGCACGCAGGAGCGGUAAAGUCGGAUCGGACCAGAGGGGAAGUGGCCCGAAGUUGGGUUGUGCGUUGGCGAGGGUCGAUCCGGAAAAGACGGCUCUGCUGGUCUGCAGGGGACACGAGCCAUGGAUGCGGGACCAACGCCGCGAUCGGGGGGAUCGGACUUGGGGGCGGGUCCCGGGAUGCCUUGUUACGUAUGGCAGGGAAUUUGCUUCUUCUUCUUCUUUUACUUCUAUCUUUCUUUGCGUCGAGCCUACGGGCGGACGGCGGCGGCUCGUGGAUGGACGGCAUCUAUCUAGACAAAGGUGCGAGAGCUCUUGGGAUGACUGAAUGACGACUACGAUGCUUUGUGUUUCAGACGGCUGCCCGUCUGACGAAGCUUACCUUGUGCGCCCUGCUCUGCAGUCUGUGACCGGGGGGAGGGGGAGGAGGCUGGUGUGAUGUGGUGGUGGUGUGGUCUGGACCCCUGGACUGGAUGGAUGGGCCGUUGGAGGCGAGACGAGCCGGGCCUUGUUUCUGGGCGGUGGGGGACGCAUGCCAUCAAAGCCCAAAAGCGCCGCAAUUUCCUCCACCAACGCCAUGAAUGACAUCACCGGGUCGGGGUGUCGUGAACGGCGCUGCUGCCCACAUGGCAGACUGCCCACGCACGCACGCACGCACGCACGCAACGCAGCAAAAACGCGAAGCGAGCCUCCCGCCCGCGGAAGGGGGGACGAGGAUGGAAGUACAUUGGGUGAGGAGGAGGGAUCCGCGAUCUUCGUCGCAUACUGACUGCCCCCGUAACGUUUUUUGCCUCUCGUCGUCGUCGUCAUCGUCGUCUAGGGGUACAGUGCAGUACCAUGCCAUAUGCCUAGGGUAGGGAAGAAGAAGAAGAAGAGACGGGAUGGCGGAAAGACGUAUAUGUAGGUGAGUGUAGUAGAGUCCUGUACUGUACAGUACAGUACUUGGUGCGUGGAUUCCGGCGGGGACGUGGGAGUGUAAUGCAAUUGCUUGUGCGUGUGUGUAUGUGUGUCUCUUUGGUAGUGUGCAGCGGUGUGGUGCGGUGUGGUGCAGUGCACGUCGUGUGCCAACUAAACAGGACAGGACAGGACAGGACGAGCUAAUGACGGGAGGAGAGGGUUAAGGGAUGGGCAACAGACAGACUGCGCGCGGUGCUCUCGUCUUUUUCUCUCUUUCACCUUAUUGUUUAAAGUACCCAUCCUCCUUGGGAGGGAACCCUCCUCGGUGUAGAGGGAGAGGAGGAAAUGGGGGAGGCGCGAGCAAAGGUUAGGUCGGUAGGCCCCGGACACGUGCAUACGAUGAUGAUACAUUGUUCUUAAGGCUACGUACGUACUUGGCUCCUCCUGCUCGUCUCGUCCCACGCAGGUAAUAGUAGUUGGCUAGAUGAAAAACAUCCACGAC